AUGGGAAUAAAUGGUUCAUCGCUUGCGACCAAUGAUAUGACCGAUGCCGAGAAAGACGUCUUAUAUUCACGGCAUCAUAUUACAAGAGAACUUUUUAAAGGGAAUUUUUCUUCUCCUGUACAAGAUGUUCUUAAUACAGGGUGGAGAGCAAGAGUUCUUCACGUAAAUUCGACAUUAGGAACAUGGCUAGCUGAAAUGAGUGCGGAUUUUCCCGGAUGUACAUAUAUCGGGGUGACUCCCACAACUUCUACUUCUCUUGAAAAUGGACGACCUUUUGAUGUUGAUUUCGUUGAAGCAAAAAUUCAUGAAGGACUUCCAUAUAAUGAUAAUACAUUCGAUUUUAUUUUUAUGAGGUUUUGCGCGUGGGACUUUACUGAAGAUGAAUGGGAAAAGGUCGUAAUAAAGGAACUGGUCAGGUGUUUGAAGCCUGGUGGAUGGAUUGAGUUCAUGGAUUUCGACAUGAACUUUCAGAAUCAAGGACCAACGUCGAUCAGAAUGCUUAAUGGUAUAUACGAUUUACAACAUAUGAAAAAUCGGAUUAGAAGGCUAACUGAUAUAUGGGAAGAAUUUUUAAUGGCAACAAAUCAAAUUCAAAAUGUUCGAAAUCGAUCGGAAUAUUUACCAAUUGGCCGACAUGGUGGAAGACUUGGCGAAGCUGCUUCACAGUUUUUUCACGAUUUUAUUAUUAAUCAUUUACCACGUUAUGCAAGGAUUAUGGGAAUUAGAACUCGAGACAUUCCAAAUAUUGCUAAUACAUAUUGCGAGGAAGCAAAUACAUGUAGAACUAUGGCUCCAAUUGUUCGCGUUUUUGGACAAAAAAAAUUAUAA